ACGUUUUACUUCACCGUUAUCACAGUAAAGCAAACUCUAUAUUCCGUUGUUGCCACUGCCACACAGAAACAGCCGAAAGAACUCGUCGUUCCUUCCAUUAUUAAAGAAAACCGGCCAAACCCAAAACUCGUCCUUUUGUUAUCUAUCUCCCCUUCUCUAUAUCUUUAAUCUUUAGUGAUCAAUCAAUCAAGUGACUCACCGAAGUUGAGCCAUGGAAGAGGUGGUAGUAGAGAAGGAGCAUAUUCAAUCAAAUCAACCAAGUGCUCUGAUUCCUCAGCUGGAAUCGCCCGUGGAACAGAAGCAGCAGCAGCAGAGUUCAUCGCCGGAGUCUGAUGAAGUAGUUGUUGGUGGCGCAGGAGAAUUGAGCAAAAGCGACGGCGGCAACAACAUCCCCGUUCUUGUUCCUCUCCAAGUUCCCAAGGCUUUCAAGUACCCAGAAAGGUACCGGAGUCCGACUGAUGCGAUGGUUUCUCCGAUCACGAGAGGCCUUAUGGGAAGGAGAAGAAGGGGUGGUGGCGAAGGAGCACCAUUCCCGUUGCCGCCCGUCAGCACAAAUCUGUCACAAAAGCUCCAGGCGGCAGAGUAAAGUGCAGAGCUUCAAGUGGAUUCCCCUUCCGUACUAAUGGUGGUUUAUAAUUUAGCCUAUAUAUGGGUUGUAAAUUGUUGUACAUCUCUGUUGUGCUCCCACUUUUGGUUGAUGGGUUCAUUUAUCCCUUCUCAAGCUUAGGUUUGGCAGCCUGUCUGCUUAGUUCUUGCAAACUAGCUCUAUAUUGCACCUCCUCUUAGAAAUGUAUCAACUCUUAUGGUCACCUACAGUGGUGUGACAAUCACAAUAAUAAGGAGAAACUGAU